CAGUCCUUGGCCCUUGGCUUCGGGUUCUCGGUCUGCCUUUGUUUACCUUCUUCAAUCUUCCCGCCGCAAAACUUGUCAGUCGGGGAGAAAAAUGGCGAACACGGGAGUGUUGCCAUUCGUGCGAGGAGUAGAUUUUACGAAUAAUGACUUCAGCGAUGGAAGAUUUCCGACCUCCGUGAAACUGAUGACUGGUGUCCAAUGGCUCAAAUUGGACAAAACCAACUUAGCCUCUGUGCCGGAAGAAAUGGGCAAACUUGUCAAAUUGGAAAAUCUCUCCAUGAAGGGAAACAAUUUGGACCGCCUUUAUGGCGAGUUGACGGAUUUGUCCAGCCUACGAAGCCUUAAUUUGAGGAGGAACAAAGUGAAGUCUUCUGGGGUGCCUGCCGAGCUCUUUAAACUCGAGGAACUGACCACAUUGGAUCUGAGUCACAACAAUUUGAAAGAAGUGCCUAGUGGAAUGGAGAGUGCCAAGUCUCUUUUGGUCCUCAACCUGAGCCACAACAGCAUACCAGCCGUGCCGAGCGCUCUCUUCAUGCACCUCACCGACCUGCUCUUCCUUGACCUGAGUCAUAACCAACUGGAAACCCUGCCGCCGCAGACCAGGAGGCUCGCCAAUUUGCAGACCCUGAUCCUGAGCCACAACCCUCUGGGCCAUUUCCAGCUGAGGCAGCUGCCUUCGUUGCAGUCGUUGGCCGUUCUGCACAUGCGAGCCACUCAGAGGACGCUCAACAACAUUCCGGCCAGUCUGGACUCGCUGACCAGCCUGGUCGAGCUCGACCUCGCACAAAACAGUUUGCCCAGAGUGCCUGACGCCCUGUUCACGCUGCCAAAUCUGAAAAGACUCAACCUGGCCGACAACGAACUGACCGAAAUUCAGCAGUCUAUUGAGUUGUGGCAAAAGCUGGAGAACCUGAACCUGUGUCGCAACAAGCUGACAGCCCUGCCGGCGGCACUGUGCAAGCUCAACUGCCUUCGUCGGCUGUACGUGAACGACAACCAACUAGACUUUGACGGAAUUCCUUCAGGGAUGGGCAAACUCGGCGCCUUGGAGGUGUUCGCCGCCGCCAACAACAAGCUGGAGAUGAUCCCAGAGGGCCUGUUCCGCUGCGGAUCGCUGAAGAAGCUGAUUUUGGCCAACAACCGGCUCGUCACCCUGCCAGAAGCGGUGCACCUGACCGAGCUGGAGGAGCUGGACCUGAGGAACAAUCCGGACCUGAUCAUGCCACCCAAGCCGGGAGAAAUGAACCCCGUCGGGCAGCGCGGAGCCGGAAUUGAGUUUUACAACAUCGACUUCAGCCUGCAGCAUCAGCUCAGGUUGGCAGGCGCCGCCCCGCCGUCCCCUGCGUCCAACGGAAGUGCCACUCCGGUCAAGGAUCCAAUAGCAAGGAAAAUGAGGUUGAGGAGAGGACGCAGAGACCAGCAAGAGGAAGCUGAUCAGGACCAAGCCAAGAUUUUGAAAGGAAUGAAAGACAUUGCCAAAGAGAAGAACAGGCAGAAAUCACCCGAGGAAACAAAAGCCGAGUCCCUCAAGCCAAAGCGGUGGGACGAAGCCUUGGAAAAGCCUCCGCUGGACUACUCAGAGUUUUUUGACGAGGACACAGGACACUACCCUGGCUUGACAGUUUGGGAAAUCGAAAAUUUUCUUCCAAACCAAAUCGAGGAGGUGGCGCACGGCAAAUUCUACGAGGGUGACUGCUACAUCGUGCUGCAAACCUUCCUCAAUCCGCAGGGCGCUUUGGACUGGAAUAUUUACUUUUGGAUCGGCUCAAAAGCGACGCUGGACAAAAGAGCGUGUGCUGCAAUUCACGCGGUGAAUUUGAGGAACUUUUUGGGCGCACAAUGCCGCACAAUCCGAGAGGAGCAAGCAGACGAGUCUGACGAAUUCAUGUAUCUCUUCACCUGUGAUAUUGCGUACAUUGAGGGCGGCCGCACAACCAGUGGAUUUUACACUGUCGAGGAAAAUGUAUUCGUCAACCGUAUGUACCGCGUGCAUCCAGCGGGUUCUUCGAUUCACUUGGAGCCUGUCACUCUGGAGGUGGAGGCGCUGGAUCCGCGAUUCGUCUUCAUGAUCGACUGCAGCACAAAAAUUUACUUGUGGCAGGGGAGGAAGUCGAAAAACACGCUCAAGUCAAAAUCAAGACUGCUGGCUGAAAAGAUCAACAAAAACGAGAGGAAGAACAAGGCUGAGAUCAUCAACGAAAGCCCUGGCGACGAGAGCAGCGAGUUUUGGAGGGUCCUCGGCGACGAAGUCGGAUUCGCUCCUGAAGACCCGCCUGAGGAACACGUACCAGACGAUUUCUUCGUGCCCCUGCCGCGUCUGUACCAAGUGUGUCUGGGCAUGGGCUACCUGGAACUGCCGCAAGUCGAAAUUCCUCACCAGAAGCUUGUUAACACGCUGCUCAACAGCAAGAAUGUGUACAUUUUGGACUGUUUCCUCGACGUCUUCGUUUGGUUUGGAAAGAAAUCGACACGCCUGGUGAGAGCUGCAGCAGUAAAACUUUCCUCGGAGCUGUUCACCAUGAUCGAUCGCCCUGAGCAUGCCAUGAUUUCCCGCGUGCAAGAAGGCACUGAGUCUCAGAUGUUUAAACUGAAAUUCACUGGCUGGGACGAAGUGAUCGCGGUGGAUUUCACGCGCACUGCUGAGUCGGUGCAGCGCACAGGCGCGGAUUUGGUCAAAUGGGCGAGGAAGCAAGAAACAAAGUCAGACCUGACGGCACUCUUCCUGCCCCGACAGACGCCGAUGAACCUGGAAGAGGCCCAACAGCUGAUGGAGGAGUGGAACGAGGACCUGGAGGCCAUGGAGCCUUUCGUCCUGGAGGGCAGGAAGUUCGUUCGACUCCCGGACGAAGAGCUAGGCCAUUUCUACAGUCAAGACUGCUACGUGUUCUUGUGCAGGUAUUGGGUGCCUUUGGACGUGCCUGAGGGAGAGGAGGAAAACCCUGACGAGCCUCUUGAAGACGACUUUCAGUGCAUUGUUUACUUCUGGCAGGGGAGAGACGCUGGAAACAUGGGAUGGCUCACGUUCACCUUCAGCUUGCAGAAAAAAUUCAAGGCUCUCUUUGGUGAGAAACUGGAAGUGGUUCGAACUCAUCAGCAGCAGGAGAAUCCCAAGUUCUUGUCGCACUUCCGCAGGAAGUUUGUCAUCCACACUGGCAAGAGGAGGAAGGUGAAGCCCCAGCUGACCGAAGGGGACGUUUCUCUGGACGACAGUCUGCAGCAGCAGCAACCGCAGCAGCAGUCGGCGCCGGUCGAAUUUUUCCAGCUGCGCUCCAACGGAAGCAUUCUCUGCACCAGGUGCAUCCAGAUCAAACCAGACGCCACCUCUCUCAACUCUGUCUUUUGCUACAUUCUGAAAGUGCCAUUCGACCAAGAAGACUCAAACGGAAUCAUUUACGUAUGGAUCGGCUCCAAAUCCGAUCCAGAAGAGGCGAGGCUUGUUGAAGAAAUUGCUCGCGGAAUGUAUGACAUUGAGAAGUACAGCUUGCAAAUUCUAAACGAAGGUGAGGAGCCUGACAACUUUUUCUGGGUAGGACUUGGCGGCAAGAAACCUUACGAAAACAAUGCCGAAUUCCUCAAAUACACAAGACUGUUCCGGUGUUCUAACGAAAGAGGAUACUUCAGCGUGUCCGAAAAGUGCUCAGAUUUUUGCCAGGACGAUCUUGCUGAUGACGACAUAAUGAUUUUGGACAAUGGAGAUCAAGUGUUUUUGUGGCUCGGAGCCAAGUGUAGUGAAGUGGAGAUCAAGCUUGCCUACAAAUCUGCGCAAGUCUACAUUCAACACAUGCGAGUGAAGCAGCCAGAAAUUCCAAGGAAACUGUUCCUCACUUUGAAGAACAAGGAGUCGAGACGCUUCACCAAAUGCUUCCAUGGCUGGGGAACCCACAAGAAGCCGCCGGAGUAAUAACCAGAACUGCACAGUAUUUUUUGUGUUCUCCGUCGCCCUUCGAUGAUUUACUUAAAAAUAUUAUUUUCUGCCUGUGCUUUACGCUAGUCUUGCUAAAAUUAAAAAUUGUAUACAUUUGAUUUAUGAAAUAGACUUAUAAUUUCGAAUUAAUUUAUACACUAAAGGAUUAUUAGCACAAAUCUUGUUACUGAAAGCCAGCUUAAUUCCGUUUUGAUUGGGAAGUUGUGCAAUUAAAAGAAUAUGGAAUGAUCUAUGAUUACUGUUUUAUAAUUUUUCUCUUGUUCCAGAUAUUUAUAUACUUGUAUAAUAUACCAGAAAAUUUGUAAUAAAGUACCAAUUUUUCGUAUUCAAUAAAA